GUUCUAGUAUUUAUCCCAUUGUCAGGGAUGAUUCAGAUAAUUCAGCUGUAUGUUUUGUGAUCUUUCACCAUGCAAUUUAUUUAUUCCACUCUCCUAAAGGGAGCCCCCUUUCUCUGCCCCACCCCCUUACCCUGUUCAUAUAACACACACUGCCUUUAGCAACACCUGCUUGCUAUAGUGCUGGCUGUGUCGUGCAUGUGUCUGCCUUCUCCAGGAAAAUGGGCACUUCUAUCUCUAAAGCUGACACUUCUGCUGCAUUGCUCUACUUGAGUGUGACGGCAGUUUUUGGAGGAACAGUUUUUUACAAAGCCAGGAAGAAGAAGAUGGAGAAAGCAAAUACAUUUGUCUGUGGUCUCCUGCUACUCUCAUUGGAAAUUCUCUGUUUUGCUAUGCUGAGAAGUUAUGCAGGUUUGCUCCUGUUCUCUGGGGCAUGUCUCAUCUCUUACAUUUGCUUACCUGUGCGAUCCAUGUUACCUGUGGACAACAAAGCUGUGCUGAUCACAGGAAGCGAUUCCGGGAUUGGACAUGCAUUGGCGAAGCACCUGGAUAAUUUAGGUUUUGUUGUGUUUGCUGGGGUUUUGAACAAAGAAGGACCCGGGGCUGAAGCAUUAAAAAGGAGCUGUUCCCAGAGACUUUCUGUCCUGCAGAUGGAUAUAACCAAUCCCACACAAAUAAGGGAAGCUUAUCUUGCAGUUUCAGAGAAGGUACAAAAUGCAGGAUUAUGGGGCAUUAUUAACAAUGCUGGAGUCCUGGGGUUUACUGCAGACAGUGAACUGCUUCCCAUGAGCGUCUACAGGCAGUGUAUGGAUGUGAAUUUCUUUGGGGCUGUAGAGGUAUCCAAAAUGUUCCUACCUCUACUUCGGAAAUCCCAAGGGAGGCUCGUUAAUAUGUCCAGCAUGGCAGCUUUGCAGGAGACAAAUACUUUGAUUCACAGUUAUGAAAAAUUAAAAAAGCACCAGCAAUGAGAGAGAGAAAUUCUGAAUACAGCUAAACAAAGUAUUUUACUUCCCAACACCUUAAGUUCACAGUUUUGUGUCUCUUCUGUGAUGAAAAAAAGACAGGGUUUGGAGUCUAGAACUCUGCCCACGGACGGGAAAGGAAACUUAAUUUUCAGCAGUCUUGAUGUCAGACUAAAAGUGGACGCUUUGUUUGUGCACGUUCUGGACGUACAUCCUGCCGAAUCUGAAUUUAAGCUUCUAAGUCUACUUGCAUGAAAGAUGGAGCUAACAGUCACCUUUAGUUUAAACUGCAAGCUGUUUCAAGAAUCUUGGCUUUAAUAUUUUUGUCUCUUUAUGCAGAAUGGGCGAUUAAAAUAUAUCAUGUCCUCAACUGUUGUUUAAAAAGAAGAAGGAAAAAAAUGUCCUGUGGGAAAGUUAUCUGCUACAGGUCCCCCCUAACUCAUGUGUGCAGCUGUACUCCAAUAGUCAUGUUGAGACAAACAUUACCCUGCCUAGCUUGAGCAACUGCUGUUGGCUUUUGCAUUUUGUAUGCAUACAUUUGGAAACUGGGUGACAAAGGUGAUAUAUAUGUAAAUGCUGAGGUACAUGGUGAAAUCCUGAUCAACUUUAGCUGGGUUUGGUUCAGGUACAUAAUCUGAUUGCAAUUCUGGCCUCACCGGAGCCCGUAGGAAUUUUUGCCACUGAUUUCAAUUAAACCCAUUUUUUAUUCUCUGUUUUUGAGGGUGUCUCCACAAGCGGGAUCAUGUUUUUUCUCAGGGAUAAGUAGCAGCGGCACAUAUUUGUGCUGUUGCUAGUUGUCCCUGGGCACGCCUCUGCACGCACACUGGUGCAUGGCAAAUUGCCCCAGGUGGGGUAGGGAAGGCUGGGGCCAGCACCUGGGCGGCCCCAGCAGCCUUACUGGGAGCUCUGGGGCCUCCUGGGGCUGCAACAGUGGUGAUUUUGGGUGUGCAGAGCCUACUGCUAGUGGGUGUGCAGAGCCUAGUGCUGCCACGUGCACAGAUCGCCUAGUGUAAAAAAAAAACAACUGCUGCACUGCUAAGAGAUGCACUCGUGGAGAUGUGCCCUUUUUGUCCAGCUUUUUUAGCAGAUGCACUAAACUCCUCGACAGCUGGUGAAUAAGUCUUACCAGACUUUUUUUUCCAGGCCAUAAUUUCACAAAUUUGAACUAUUAUGGUUUUCCAAUGAAAGAGACCAGCGCUUUGGGAACGGUAAGACCGUCUGUUCUUUCAUGUGAAUGAUCACCUAAGAUAUGCUGGGAAAUGAGAACAGGAGUGGAAAUAGGGUCCAGCAGCUACUAACUCAGGAUUUAGGACUCCUUCAACACAUUGACUGCCUGAUGGAGGAUCCCUAAAGACCAGUUAAAGGCUUGCCAUAAUGGUUGGUUUAAAAAUGUUCACCUUUACCUUGUGUUGGCUGAUCUGACCUCCGUUUUCAAUGUAACAGCCAUAAGAUUUAUGACAAGAAGGGUUAAGGAAGUCACCGAAGUACAAUGCGUGACAAACUGAUAUCAUCAUAUCUAUCUGUGAUAACCACAAAGCAAGUUGCCUAGCUGGUUUAUUGUUUUAAGCAGCAAGGAGCCAUGCACACAACCCGUUUGCAGUUGUGUAAGUUAAAACAGUGUACAAAAGCUGAGGUAAGUUACUCCAAAACCUGAAGCGGACAGUCUACUGGUUAUCUGAGAGUAGCCAUGGCAGUAGGUGAUAUUAUAGUACUUUGCCACUAGGGCUACGUACAGACAUUCAAAAAGCCCGAGGCAAAAUUGAUCUAAGUUACGUGGUUUUCUGUAAGUGGUGUCGUUUAGAUAGGUAGUGAACAAAACACACAUUUGCCAUUUGGUGGCGAGGGGCAGCAAAUCUUAGACCUGGUUCUGCCAUUUUUAAACCAGUCUACGUGUGACACACUUCUCUUCUGCUAUGGGUACAGACUGGUUUUGUGUGCUGAACUUCUGUACAGACUGGCUGCCAAUCAAUUAUACCAGUGAAAGUGUAAUGUCUGCACCUGGCCAAGGUGGCAGGGGAACUGCUAAAGCUUAUUUGUAUUGAGCAAAUGGCUAUUUUAGGGAAAAUCCAUACUGGAUUCUAGUUAGUUGCACUAGUGUAGGGCUGUGCAUUGUGUGUUCACUCUUUAUGUAUGUGCCCAGGCCCUAAGCAAAGAGCUGGGGUCUUUUAGUUCAUUCAAAUAUACUCUUCUCCCUACUUCACCUCAACAGAAAUGUUAUUACAGCCUUAAUUUUGCUCUACAAUCUUCAGCGUUUGUCACCACGGUGUAUACUUUACUUUACGGUUUUUAGUGCCUCCGUUUACUGGAAUCUGAAGUAUUCUGUUGGCAACAGAAACCUCACAAAUCAGUUUUACACUUUCAAAUCUGACAUCCAGUUUGGUGUUCUCCGUGUAUUACAGACUCAAAUGAUAGAAAGCAGGCACCAACAUAUUUUAUGAGCACAAUGUUUGCACUGCACGCGUGCUCAGGUAGAUGUCAGGAUCCUUAUCGCUUACGCCCAGAAUUGAUUUCUGGCAGAAAAUGAAAAGGUUCCCAACCUCUAGUAAUUUGACUUUGCUGGGGUUUUUAAACACGCCUGCUUUUACACAUGGCCAGUUUUAGUAAAUGUCUUUCCUUUUAUUGCAGGGUGUGACUGUUAGUAAAAUAUUAGCUGAGGAGCUGGUGAAAUCUCAUUUUGCAUGGCUUCCUCCUGUGUUCCUUGUGGUAAUUUAACUAGAUUUGAGGUUAGCCUGACCUCAAAGGAAAAGAAUAAUCGGUUUAAAUGAGGAUGACUUAGAAUGAAUUCACAUCAUGAAAGAAGAACGUGUAAUUGGCUGGACUCAUUUUAAAAGAACAUUUUCCCCCCUCUCCCCUCGCCUCCCUUGAGGCUAACGUGAUUCUGGUCAUCGCAGUAAGGAACUGCGUAGAUGACUUGACUUGAGCAGUUUAUAUUAAACCUGUUUUGAAUCAGUAUAUUUUCCUUCCAACGAUUGAAUUGGCCCUUUAAUAACAUAAUACAUAGGAAUAUCAUAAUUGAAUGGACUGAAUGUACCAGCAAGAGUAAUUAUACAAAUUAGGAGAGGGCUGACCUCGAUGGCUUUAUAGGAAGGUAGCUACCCUGUCAGCUUCUGCUCGCCGACCCGCUCCUUUCCACUAUGGAAAGACUGGCCUGUGGAGACGGAAGUCUUUGAGUGAAGGAAGUUGACAAUUUUCUACCAAAAUGUUUUUUGACCAAAGGAGAGUCCCAUUUCUUCCUAAAGGAAACCUGUACAAACUGUUCUCCCCCCUCCAAAACCUCCAGUAUUUUGGUUUAAUAUUUAUUCUUUGGUUUUCAGAACCGUAAUACUUUGUAACAGGUUAGCUUCUUCAAGCUUCCAUACACAUGAACAUUUGCAUUUCUUUAGAUAUUUUUUCUACAGAAUACACGUGUCCUUUCCCUCUUGCACACGCAAUACUCCGUUUUGUUCAACGGAUCCAUUCCUAUGGCCAGGUCAAACUGAAAGACUGCCUUCUGGGGCCGGCAGCCUGGUUCACGUAGUCAAUCUUUUGUCUUUCAGACUUCUGGUGUAUUGGGGGAACGGUUUCCAACUGAGCUAAGUUUGGUUUGGCCUAAAAGCGUUGGCGUACCUCCCAUCUCCCCAUCAAUUCUCUCUUUGUUUGUCUUCAUACAACUGGAACUGAGACUGUGUAACUUGUGGUAGCUGUUAUUAGGGGCCUACCUAAAUUGUGGUUUGAUGAAUUUCAUGGAAACUGCCCCAAAUAGCGUUGUGCUCAAUCACUGGAAAAUCCAGCGCUGUCUGUGAUUUCCUGCAAAAUCAACCAAAAAAAAAAGGGUAGAUAGGCUGAGUGAAGGCGCCUUCUGCCAAUCAGCAGCAAGGGGCACAGCUGCUGGGUCCCUCCGCCAAUCAGCAGAGGGGCAGGACCACUGUGAAACGCUCAUGAAAUCGGCUCUACCUGCUGCAAACGGACCAUGCAAAACCCGUUGUCUCGCCAUGACUUAGGUAUGUCCCUAGGUAUUAUAGAUGAGAGGGAUUUCAAAUCUCUCUUCUGAUUUUAAGCUGUUCUGCUUUUCCCAGCAACAGCUGCAGAACAAAACUCCAUGACUUAAUUCUUUACAUCAUGUAACAUGUUACCUGCAUGACUCCUGUUUCUGAACCCCAGAAAUGCAAUACAAUUGAGCUUCUUUUUGCAGUUAAAAAGUGACUUCCGAGCAGAUGUUACUGACUUCAGUAUUUUUCAGUUAUUGCUAACUUUGCUAAGUGUGGUGUGUGUGUUUUUGGAAAAUACCAUAUGAUUUCUUUGACUACUUGUGCUUUGCUGCACUGAGAUCAGCAUAAUAAAGCCUCAGUAGCCUG